CAAGUGUAACAAGUAAAAUAAUAAUAAUAAAAAUAAUACAUAAAAUAAAUAUAAAAUAAUAAAAUAAAAUAAAAUAAAAUAAAAUAAAAUGAAUAAACAAAUAAUUAAAUAAAUAAAAAUGGAAGCGAACAACAAAUACACAGAACAAAACAAAAACACAAAUAAAACAAAAACACAAAUAAAUCAGAUACAAAAUUGAGAGUAUUUUUUUUUUUUAAAUAGAAAAGGGGGGCCCAGUACCAAAACUUUGCCAUGGAUGUAAAAAGAAAAAAAUAAACACGUGAAAUGUUCAAUUGUCAUGUGACGCGGUCACUACAUUACGGUUGUCAUGGAAACGAGCUCCUCAUCAAACAGCGUCCGGACCUGGCAACUACAGCGAGCGACACGGUCGGAUUAAUCAGAGAGAUAUUUGUCUUAAUUUCAUCCGUGGUUGUCAUGCAGGAUAACAGGAAUGGGAUGAUUCCCUUCCCACCACCCAUCAGCAGAGACAGGGUCAUCUCGGAAUUUCCAAAAUGCUACCUGCCUACUGCAGCUCUGCAGCUGAAGACAGACUGGGACGUUGAGGCCAAAGCCGCCUGUAGAGCUGGAGCCUCCAGGCAUCAGCCGUGGGACCGACAGAAAAUGUCCAAAGUGGUGGUUGUUGGAGACCUUAACGUGGGGAAGACCUGUCUCAUUAACAGGUUUUGUAAAGAUGUAUUUGAACGAGACUACAAGGCCACCAUAGGUGUCGACUUUGAGAUCGAGAGGUUUGAGAUAUCUGGAGUACCUUUCUCCCUUCAGAUCUGGGAUACGGCUGGGCAGGAAAAAUUUAAGUGCAUCGCAUCUGCAUACUACAGAGGUGCUCAGGUCAUUAUCACAGUGUUUGACAUGGCAGACAUUAAAUCUCUGGAUCAUACACGCCAGUGGUUGGAGGAGGCCCUGGGAGAAAAUGAGCCUGACUCCUGUUUUAUCUUCUUGGUUGGCACUAAGAGUGAUCUGCUGCCCUGUGAAGAGAGACAGAGGACAGAAAAAGACGCCACCAGGAUAGCAACAGAGAUGAACGCAGAGUUUUGGGCUGUUUCAUCUAAAACCGGGGAGAACGUGCAGGGGUUUUUCUUCAGGGUGGCAGCUCUGGCCUUUGAGAAGUGCGUCCUGAAGGACAUGGAGAAUGGGCUCCUUGUUGGCAUCGGACAUUCAGAUAGCAUCAAAUCAGAUCGAGCCAACCUGGAGGAGGCUGCACACCAGGACAUGAAGAGAAGCUGCUGCUGAGGAGAAGAGGUGUUCUUACAGUGAGCAGCACCACACAGAGGCUCUAUUCUGAGCCUCAGCUGCAGAAAUUAAAACAUUAACCAUGUUCCACUUGUCUGAAAUGUGCCUUAGGACAUGCUCCAUUAGUUUUUUUAAGUCAUCAAAACUGCCAUGUAUUGUGAUAUCUGCAAAAGGUUCAAGCAGUAUGCUCUCCUGAAAGCUAAUUGUGAUUGAAUCGAAACUUUUGCUGAUACAAAAUCUUAAAUAUUUCACAUUUCUAUGGGACAGUUGUCAGUAUUUCAUCCAGAAUAUCAUUUAAACCAUGGCCAACCCAAGACAAAAUACUACAGCAAUAAUAAAUCUGAC